AUGGCAUUCCAAGAUUUCGAUAUCAUAAACGAACGGAGACGACAGGAGAGGAGAAAAAAGAUCCAGAAGAGAAUCCUCAUCGGUCUAGUAUCUACCAUUCUUCUUGUAUGCAUCAUAGGCGCUGCGGCCUAUUUUGGACUCAAUUCCAAGUCCUCCGGUGGAGGUGGGAGUGACCACGGCAAGUCACCGUCCAAGCCGAGUCACCAGCCUACCACCACCUCUGCUUCCGCCUCGGCCUCCACCAAUACCAAAGCAUUGGAAGCUUCAUCGAAGAUUGUGAAAGUAAUAUGCGAAGCUGCAGAAUAUAAGGACAAAUGCGAAAGCUCCCUUGGCGAUGCUGUUAAGAAUGACCCCAACGCACAACCAAAAGAUCUGCUUAAAUACUCCAUCAAACUAGCUCAGGACGAGGUUGGAAAGGCCUUCAACAAAACCACCUCCAUGAAAUUUGAAUCCGAAAUGGACAAAGGAGCGUAUGAAGAUUGCAAGCAGCUUUUUGACGACGCCAAGGAAGAACUCGGCUUCUCCAUCUCCGAAAUCACCGCUGAUGAUCUGAAGAAGCUUUCUACAAAAUCCCCUGAUCUCAACAACUGGCUGAGUGCAGCUAUCUCUUACCACCAAACCUGCAUUGAUGGCUUCCCCGAAGGGGAAUUGAAGACACAACUUAAGGAUGUCUUUAAGGAUUCUCAAGAAUUUGUUAGCAAUUCGCUUUCUAUUGUAACUGCAGUGUCGACAGUUCUUUCUGCCGUGCAAUCAGUUUUGACUCGCCACUUGCUUUCGGAGAAAAACGGCAGCGCUACUCCUUCUUGGGUCAACAGCGAGGAUCGGAGGAUUCUGAAGGCGGCGGAUGACAAACCCACGCCGAACGUAACUGUGGCAAAAGAUGGCAGCGGCAACUUCAAAACUGUCUCCGAAGCCUUGGCAGCCAUUCCAGAAAAAUAUGAUGGACGCUACGUAGUUUAUGUUAAAGAAGGAAUAUACGAGGAGACAGUGACAGUUACAAAGAAAAUGGAAAACAUGACCAUGUAUGGUGAUGGAUCACAAAAGAGCAUCAUCACUGGCAGCAAAAAUUUUGUAGAUGGAGUUAGGACUUUCCAAACUGCAACCUUUGUGGUGCUUGGAAAUGGGUUCUUGGGCAAAGCAAUGGGAUUUAGAAACACUGCUGGGCCGGAGAAGCAUCAAGCGGUGGCAGCCAGAGUUCAAGCAGACCGUGCAAUGUUCGUUAACUGUCGCUUCGAGGGCUACCAAGACACGCUAUACGCCCAAACCCACCGCCAAUUCUACCGGAGCUGUGUCAUUUCCGGCACCGUCGAUUUCAUCUUUGGCGACGCAGCCGCCAUCUUCCAGAACUGCAUCAUGACACUUAGAAAACCAAUGGACAAUCAACAAAACAUCGUAACUGCUCAAGGCAGGUACGACCAAAAGGAGACAACUGGCUUCGUUCUGCAAAAGUGUGAGAUCAAAGCGGACGACAAGCUAGCUCCGGAUAAGGACAAGAUCAGGAGCUAUCUUGGGAGGCCAUGGAAGGAGUACUCGAGAACCAUUGUAAUGGAAUCCGAUAUUGGCGAUGUAAUUCACCCUGAUGGGUGGCUACCUUGGGAAGGCGACUUUGCACUCAAGACACUAUUCUAUGGUGAGUUCAACAACACAGGACCUGGUGCCAGCACCAAUGCCAGGGUCAACUGGGUUGGCCGCAAAGUCCUUAGCAGGGAUGAGGCUAGCAAGUUCACUGUAGGAACUUUCUUGGAUGGAGCAUGGUUUAGUGGUAGAGGCGUACCAACUCAAUAUGGCUUGUACAAUUGA